AUAAUAAAAAUUUGCUGAUUAGAUAGUUGCUCUUGAGAUUUUCUCAGAAGUUAUACGCAAAAAGGUAAGAAGAGAAUUGAUAAAACUCUCUGUAACUGAUAUUGCAAUUGUAUAAACAACCAAACACUAUACAAAAUAUUAAAUUGCCAAUUCAGAUAGAGAAGUUCUACGAAAAGAUCUUAUUAAGAAAAGGCAGUGACGAAGAGCUACAAAAUUUGCUAUCAAUUUUCGCAUUGUUGGUCUGUCAAAGAUAAUAGCAACAAGUGUAUUACAAAAUAUUUAAAGCGUUAAUUGAUUUAACAGUAAAUAAGAAAAUCUGGAUACUUUUGACGACGACGUAUUCGACAACAUGGACAUUUGGGGAAUUUUUAUGUUUUGCCUGCUAGUGUUCUUGAUAAUGAGUUGCUGCGGUUAUUGCUGCUCCUCAAAAAGACGUGGUACUAUUCUAUCAACGCCUGUUGUAGUUACCUCAGCUACACAUACUGCGCCUGGUGGUUAUCCAGUUACACAAAUGCCUCCGCCAGGUGGUUAUCAAACAAAUGUUACAGUGGCACCUUACCCCACUCAUCAACAACCACAUAUGCAAAUGCAAAUGCCAAUGCCAAUGCCUAUGCCUGGAAUGCAACCAUCAGGAGGCAUGCAACCUCAUAUGGCUCCAUACCCUCCGAUGGGAGCACAAAGUUCUGCAAUGAAUCCACCAUCAUAUGAUGUGGCUGUGGCUGGUGUUGGUGCCGGUUAUCCAAAUCAAUCUGCCUAUGAAAAACAAGCGCCAUAUAAUCCAAGUUUUACGGCACAAUAAAGUCUUACACAAUCAAUCUAACAUAUAAGUUAUAGCAUUUUAUGUUUAUAUUUAAAUAAUAUUUCUAUAAAAUUUCUAUUAAAUUGGGCUAAUACUUAUGUGCGUGUACAUUGUCUCCAUUAAAACUAUCCUGUAAAAAUGUGUCUUCAAUGGUGUGUUUCCUGUACUAAAUGAAAUGUGCUACACAUUCUUUCAUACGAACCAAAGGAAUACGAUAUUGUGUUAUUGUGAAAUAUUAUUAUUAUAUAUAAAUUUUAUAAAAAUAUGUCAAUCUGCACAUUUAAAUGUUUAAGUAGUGCACUCAGUGAAUUAGACAUUCAAAGAAGUGAAAUGUAUUCCGAUCUAUGCCAUACGAAAAUAGCACAAAUGAAUUGCUUCACGAAUAUCAAAACUCCAUUUGAUAUAUAAACUACAGAACCCAUAUGUUUAAACUUAAAAAUCAGUUUUAAAUAAAUCAUUAUAAAUAGUUAUUGUUGUGAUCUAAUGUAAGAUAAUACAUAAAAAAUGAAGUACGAUUUAGUGAAUGUAUUAAUAAAUUACU